GUGGCAUGCACUUAAAAGGAAACAGCCAUGAAUACAAAAACGAUGCGUCUUCCCCCACGCCGAGUUAUCUCCGGCGCCGUCGCCGGCAAACAAACGGAAUCCGCCGUGAUAAAUCCAUCACCGCCGCCGACUAAAUCCAUUCUCAAGAAAACUCCGACCAUCGUUCGACCAACAACCACCGCCGCCGCAGCCGUAGCCGAGCCGGUUGGUUCGAACAAGCUCUUAGCCGGUUACUUGGCUCAUGAGUUUCUCAACAAUGGCACACUCUUCGGAGAGCUUUGGAAUCCUACUCGAGCCCAAGCCGGCCCAUUAACGGCCCAAUGUACUGAGACGAGAAAAACUAAGCCGAGCCAUGAGAUAGAGCCGAGUGAUCAUAAACGGAGGAGGUAUGUGGAGGUUGCUAACAUACUCCGGGUAGAUGGGACCCACUUGCCCGGUAUCGUUAACCCGUCACAGCUUGCCCGAUUCCUUAAAUUGUGAUGCGUAAAUCCACGUGGAAUCAUUGUAUUGGUCUGUCGUUUAGAAAAAGAAGACAGCUGUAACAGAGAAACAUUCCUCUUCUCUUUCUUUUUUUUUCCAUUAAUUUUUCUUUUAAUAUUUUGUAAAUUGCUCUCUGUUUCUUUAUCGUCUUCAUCGAAGAAAUUGACUCAGAAAUG